AUGGGCCCAGACGAUGCCAAAUUCCAUCGUCGCACAGCCUUUGGGCCACCUUCGGAAGCCUUUUCUCCCUCAGAGUUUGCACAGACAGCCGCCGUCUCCAAAUCAGAAAUUAUACAGGCCGUCCACGACCUCUGGCAGCAGAACCCAGAUAUUCAGCAGCAGUCUAUAAGCGAGGAAAUGAAUCUCACAGAGGUGGAUCCGAUGAUAGCCAACAUCUUGUCACGUUCAAACCUCCGAGCUGUAUUCAGCAAGCGAUAUGAAGAGCAUGCCAUCAAGCACUCACCAGGAUCUCCCCUUUCACCCCUUGGGACUGAUCAGAAGACUACGCAGCUGCUGAGAACACUGGAGAAAGCAGAGCUCAGGCACUGGCCCCCUCCAAAACAAGCUGGCCACUAUUUUCGUAGGAACAGAAAGACAGAGAUCAAUUCCAUUCUGACACUCGUGUGUGACAUACAGUCUCCUAUUGGCGAUGGUAUAAACACUCUUCAGGAAACGUCGGCGUCAGCCGGGGAUGUGGCAGACGCAACUGCCAUCUUGACCAUAUCAUUCCACUCUAAACCAACCAAGGCUUCUGAUAGAAACGAAGUCUGGGCAGACGGCUGGGUUCUAGACAGCGUUCAAUCCUUUUUAUCGACACAAACUCUCCAAUGCAUUUUGGACGCACUCCUGUGCUCAUCAAAUACGAUCAAGAGUGACCAAUGGAGUAUGAAUAAUGGAAUCAGUCCUGGCAACUCGGCUGGCAUGAUAGUCGACCAACUCGCGUUUGGGGAAGAUUAUUGGCUCCGGUAA